AUGAAUAACUCAAUCACCUUCAGACGAGUACCAUGGUCCACUCCGGCAGAAUUCUUAGGAGUCUUUGACUCGCUCUUCUCAACCACGAACCCUGACUUAGUCAAUGGACUCAUCCAUCUUCACGCCUGGUUUCUACGUGCUCCAUCUGCCCUGCCACCAGCUAUUCAAUCAACUUAUAUGCUUCUGUCUCUCCUCACGCCGGCUUGCGAUGAGGUUCAUCGAUCUGGACCAGAAAGGAGACUAGCAUUAGCAAUGGCACUGACCAGAUUUGUCAAUUCGAUGGUCGAUCCACUUCAAACAAGCAUGUUUGCUCGUAGUAUCGCAGACCUGGCUCGACAAUUAUCGCUUCCUCUUUCGCUUGUUCAAUUGAGGCAUAGAUCAACACACGAAGAAUUACCGAGCGAGACAGUUUUGCUUGAUAGCGCACGCAUCGCCGUCGAUUGGCUUUACACUCGAUAUUGGUAUCCGACCAUGAAUCAAAUGGUUUCAACUACCUCUCAACCUUGCCCAUCAACAUCUCACGAUGUGAUUACAGAUGACAUUGAGCUUGAAGGCCUGAGGAAUCUGUUGAAGGACUACAAGCGAGCUCGGAAACGCGAAUUGAUCGAUGCUACUGAGUCACUUUCAUGCCGUCAGAUUUCUCAGAAAUUAGAAACAUGGCUUGAUCAACGUGUUGCUCGCGAAGUCAGAAACUAUACACUUGAAGGGACUGGUGAGGGUGGUGAGGAAGACGAAGAACUUGAGCGAGAGCGUCGAGCCAUAGAGAUCUUUGUGCAGGAACUCAGUUCGGUUGGAAAUCUGGUGCCGCGUGCCAUCAAGAAACGUCCCUCGAAGCUACAAGCUCGGCUUGCACCUGGUCUUCGUGACCUCUACUUACCGUUACUUCUCGAUCUACAUAGCAAAUACCCUCAAACGCUUGUUCGUGCACUACUUGACAAUCUCGUUGGAAUGCUUAUAACAUUACCACAAGAUCACCACUCGGUUCCUUCCUCGAUGCCCUCAAGAGCUGACGAUACCCAUUAUCUAAGCUGUGCUGGCUGGAUCAUCGAAUUACUGCCUUAUGUCGAUCGGGCGAGUUUGGAGGUUUUCUUGAAAUGCUUACUCUCGAAUCCGAAUCGCUACUGUUUGUCCAUUGUCAAGAUGUUGACAACGGUUGACGAUGUCAUCGAAGGUAAACAGAUUGAAGGCAUACAGAGUUUACUCGGUGUACUUCAGCUAGCACUCAAUCAACCACCUGUGGAUGUUUCUGAUCUAAUGAAAACUGACGAUGAGCUUAGGCAACGCUUUGAAAGAUGGGAGGCCGCUUGUGGUCAAUCAAAUCGACCUGGUGUAAGUGAGGAGAUGGAGAUAGAAACAAUUCAGGGCGAUGAAGAGGAGAGUGAAAAUGGUGGAACAGGGUGGAGGCUGAUGGGUAAAAGUGAUUGGAAAAAUUGUCCGAUUGGAGUACUACCUGAUGGUUUCUUACCUCAAUUACAUAAUUGA